AUGUGGUGUGCAAAGAUAGCCAUGGUGAUACUGGCCGCGGCUGAACCGCCAAUCUGUGGGGAGGAAACUUGCGUCAGUUCAAAGCCAUUGGUCCUGGAUCAUGACGGUAACUACGAUGACAUCUUGGUUCUAUUGGCCUUGUUGCAACGGUCGGAUCUUGACUUGAAGGCUGUGAUGGUGACGCCUGCAGAUUGCGAAUUGGAUGCAGCAGUGGAAGUCACAGCGAAGGUGCUUCGGAUGCUGAACCGCAGCGCGGUGCCGGUACUUCCAGGGCGCUUCCCUGCCAGGUACAACGAGUUUCCCAAGGUCUGGCGCGAGUUGGCCACAGAGAUGCUUCAAGUGGCAGAUAUCUACCUGCAGGAGCUUCCACCACUGGAUGUGAAGGAGGCUGCGCAUGAAUGGCUGGAGCGAUAUUUGGAAGCUGCAGAGGGCCCAACGGACUUUGUGCUGACUGGACCAGUGACCAACUUGAACUGGGCGCUGCAACGACGCCCACAUUUGGCUUCAAAAGUGGGCCGGGUGUUUUGGAUGGCUGGAGCGGUAGAUGUGGAUGGCAACAUUCGCGACAGCGAUGAUGACAAACCACAGGACAGCGAUGGCUCAGCCGAAUGGAAUGCAUUCUGGGACCCAGAGGGAACGGCGGAGUUGCUGCGUUUGGGGUUGGAUUUAUGGCUGGUGCCGUUGGACGCCACCAACGCGGUGCCGGUGAGGAAGGACUUUAUCCAGCGCUUGGAUCCCACCAAGCUGGUGUCACGCACAGCGCAGCAGAUCUGGGCACAGUCCAAGUUUCAGAAGAGCAAUGCAGUGUACUACAUGUGGGAUACGCUCACAGUGGGCCUCUAUCUGCAGCCCACGCUCUGCAGUUGGGAGACCAUGCCAUUGCAAGGCCAUGCCUCUGGAAAGGAACAAGGUCGUAUCUCUCGCGCCAAAAACAGUAGCAGUGGCACCAAAGUUGUCAACGUGGCAAAAGUCACUGACGUGCCCGCUUUCGUGGAGUUUCUCCUGAUCACCUUUGAUCAGCCACCUGACUCAGGAGCAACCAGCCAAAAGGCUUGGUCCUCAGGUUUCCUGAGGCAAACAUCACCUUGCUCCACAGCAGCUACGACGCCGGAACUGGGACCCAGCACAUCACCAGAGGCCAGAGAUCAUGCACAUCACUCCAGUUUGUGGCAACUUCCAGUCAAAGAGCUUAAGGCCAAACUGACUGCAUUGGGCAGCGAUUUGAAGGGGGUGACAGAGAAGACAGAGUUGAUUAUGCUUUUGGAAUCAGUCCUUGCGAACUGCCACAGUAGCUCGUGCCUACCCGGACCCAGCAAGAGAGCUAUGGUGAAGCGAGCUGCCAACGUUGAUGGCCAGGAUGUGGAGCCUCCUCUCAAGAGGGGCACUUCUCCAAGCACUGCUCCAGCUUCCCCCGACUUUGGACCAAGUACCUCCCCGGAGGCAAGGGAUCACGCUCACCACUCCGAUUUGUGGCAGCUUCCCGUGAAGGAAUUGAAGGCCCGACUGACUGCAUUGGGGACUGACUUGCGCGGCGUGACCGAGAAGACAGAACUGAUCAUGCUGUUGGAAGAGUAUUUGGUCCUGUAGACGCGUAAAAGUUGCCAAGCGGGUUGCAACCCUCCGAGGGUGUGCCGCGCUUUGAGCUCUGAGUUCCAGUGAGCUGCUUCUUGGCCAAUAUGGCCAGCAAGACAGACAGUCAGGCAGUGGCGUUCCGAAUCAGCUCAGUAUUCGAUCGCGGUGCCAGACCGAAGCAGCUGUGGUUGUAUAGCAUUUUUGUUUGACGUCUCUUGCUCCAUCUGAGCCACAGAAAAAAUACAUCGGAGCUAGAUGUCCUAGUUAGAUUGCGUGGCCCUAGCGUGUUUCAAAACACCCAGGGCCGAAAGACAGGAUGUACAGAUCUCUGUGGGCACGCCCUAUGUCGUAUGCUUUGCGCUAGCACAUUUUCAACCGCAAGGCCCACGCUUUCAAUGUGCAACAGCGGGAGAGUUAGCACCAAGCGGCAACGGCAGAAAGCAAU